UUAUUUCUACACACAACACAAUACAUACAUACAUCGAAAACAAAGUAGUACCAAUCAUCAUGGCUAAGUUUGCUUCCAUCAUCACCCUUGUUUUCGCUGCUCUUGUUCUCUUUGCUGCUUUUGAAGCACCAUCGAUGGUGGAAGCACAGAAGUUGUGCGAGAGGUCAAGUGGGACAUGGUCCGGAGUUUGUGGAAACAAUAACGCAUGCAAGAAUCAGUGCAUUAACCUUGAGGGAGCAAAACAUGGAUCUUGCAACUAUCGAUUCCCAUACCACAGAUGUAUCUGUUACUUCCCAUGUUAAUCAACCAAACAUCUUUGGUGGUUAAUCACGUGUGUAUUUUACAUAAAAUAAGUCUGUGUUACUCUAUGAGUAACUUUAUGACAUGCAUGUUUAUGUUUUAAUGUUUGGUUGGACUUUGUUGUUAUAAUUCAUGUACCACCUAAGACUGCAUGCAGUUUCUUGUUUGGUUGGACUUUGUUGUUAUAAUUUAUGUACGACCUUUUUAAGACUAUAUUUUCUUGUU